AUGUCUUCUUUUGCUAAUAAUGUCAUUUUGCUAGGGUUUAUUGUUAUCACAUUUCUACCUUGUUCUUGGGGUCAAUGCAGCAAAGAACAGAAGAGAGCUCUCUUGGAGAUCAGAAGCUCCACAAAUGGUUCAGUUUUCGCGGAUUGGGAUGGAAGAGACUGUUGUAACGCACCUGGAAUCAUUUGUGGUGCUAUUGAUGGGGGAGUUUCAUUGAUUGAUUUGCUACCUGACAAUAAUGCACCAUCAAGUACAUGGUAUCCAAAUGUAACCCUGUUCACCAUAUUCGAUGAACUGGAAGAACUGAGACUUGAUGGCAUGAACAUUGGAGGAGAACUUAAACCCUUUUGUGAACUAAAGCGAUUAAAAAGUCUAAGCUUUUUGGAUCUUGGGAAUAAUGCAAUGGAAGGCACUAUUCAUCCUUGUCUUGGGAGGAUUGAAAAGCUUGAACAACUUGUUCUAUCCAACAAUCGCUUUCAUGAUAUUACAGAUAAAGCCUUUUGUGAAUUGAAGCGGUUAAAAAGUCUAAUUGUGUUGGAUCUUGGGAAUAAUUCAAUGGAAGGCACUAUUCAUCCUUGUCUUGGGAGGAUUGAAAAGCUUGAACAACUUGUUCUAUCAAACAAUCGCUUUCAUGGUACUACAGAUAAAGCUUUUUGUGAACUGAAGCGAUUAAAAAGUCUAAGCAUGUUGGAUCUUGGGAAUAAUUCAAUGGAAGGCACUAUUCAUCCUUGUCUUGGGAGUAUUGAAAAGCUUGAACAACUUUAUCUAUCGGAUAAUCGCUUUAAUGGUACUAUAGAUAAAGCCUUUUGUGAACCGAAGCGAUUUAAAAGUCUAAGCUUUUUGGAUCUUGGGAAUAAUUUAAUGGAAGGCAUUAUUCAUCCUUGUCUUGGGAGGAUUGAAAAGCUUAAACAACUUGUUCUAUCGGGUAAUCGCUUUCAUGGUAAUGUACCUCCACUAUUAUUGUCUAACCAAAGCAAGAUUGAGUUGUUGGAUGUUUCUAGUAAUCAAUUAGAAGGGGUAUUGUCAUUUUCAAUUUUUGCCAACGUUACUGGUCUCAAAUACAUUGAUCUUUCCAACAACUACUUGGAGGUUGAAACCGAAUCCCCCUCGUGGGUCCCGACCUUUUCUCUAUCUAAGCUGAACUUAGCAAAUUGCAACCUCAACAAGAAGAAUGGUCACGUUGUGCCCAGCUUCAUCUCCACCCAACUUGCCUUGAAUUGGCUAGACUUGUCUCACAACCCAAUAGAGGGAGGCAUACGCCGCAUACCCUGUCAGCUGUUGUUCAACACAAGUAUCCAAGGUUUAUUCUUGAGAAGCAACAAACUCACGGGUUCUUUUCUUGAUUGCAAUGCUAAAAAUCAAACUUCAUCAAUUGUAUCAUUUGACUUAUCUGAUAAUCAAGUCAGAGGCCCUCUUCCUAAAAAUAUUGGGCAUCUUCUUCCACUGUUAGAGCAUUGUAACAUGUCCUCAAAUGCAUUAGAAGGCAACAUCCCUUGGACCUUGGGUAAUUUGUCUCUUGUAAUAUUGGAUCUUUCCAAUAACAUGCUCACAGGAACAAUACCACAAAGUUUGACCAAAAAUGGUAGCGCACACUCAUUGGUCUAUCUAAAUCUAUCAAACAAUAAAUUGCAAGGAAAAAUGCUCCCAAGGGACUCUAUCAUGCCAAGUUUGGAGUGCUUACAACUUAGUGGUAAUCGCUUUGAAGGAGUCAUCUCACCCACAAUAUCAAACAGCCCCUCCCUGGUAAUCCUAGACGUUAGUCACAAUUACUUGUCUGGAAAUAUUCCCAGGUGGUUGUAUAGCCAUCCUAGCUUGGUAGCAGUUCGUUUAAAAGGAAAUCGCUUUGAAGGUCACCUACUACGAAGAAUGUGUCAGAUGAGAAUUUUGCAAGUUUUGGAUAUCUCUUUCAAUCAUAUUUCAGGACGUAUUCCCUCCUGCAUUAAUAACAUUACAUUCUGGAAGAAGAGUUCUCCAAGUCCUACUGGCUCAAACUAUUUCACACAGGGGGGUCGAUUGAGGUACCUUAUAAGUAUAUCCAACUUUGAUUUUAAACUUGGAACGUACUUUCAAAUUAAGAAUAUGGAAUAUACUUUCAAUGGUAUCCCACUCUCAUUGAUGACAGGAAUCGACAUGUCAUCUAACCAACUAACAGGUAGCAUUCCUUCUGAAAUGGGAGAAUUGUCACAACUUAAGUCCUUGAACUUGUCAAAUAAUUUUCUAACAGGUUCCAUUCCCAUUUCUUUUCGAAACUUGAAAAACGUGGAAAGUUUGGAUCUCUCUCACAACAAGUUGAGUGGGAAAAUCCCUUCUGAGUUGGUUGAACUCACUUCUCUGUCGGUAUUUAGUGUUGCCUACAACAAUCUUUCAGGAAGAAUCCCAUUUGAGCAGCAAUUUUCAACAUUCAACAUGAAAUGCUAUGAUGGCAAUCCUGAUCUUUGCGGAGGCCCUCUGCCAAGAAACUGCUCAACCCCAAACCAACCGGAUCCUGCACAUAAGAGGGAUCAAAAGGACCAGAAAGAAGGGAGUAGAGUAAUUGAUAGCCCUUUCUUCUUUUAUGCAUUUGUUGCCGUCUCUUAUGCAUUUGGGUUUUGGGUUUUCUUUGGGAUCCUAAUCAUUAAAAAGAACUGGAGGAUGAACUAUUUUAGAGCUGUGGACAGAUAUGUUGAGUCAUUUUUGGAAAUGCUUUCCAAGUAUUGGUGA